UUUAGCCACAAAUCACACUCUCUCCCCUCUUCCAUUUACCAUCUCUUCUAUUCUACAGAUUCUUGAUUCUUGAUUAUUUGAAGCAAUGGAUAGGAAGAUUGUAUUUUUAGUGUCAUUUUUGUGCAUUGUAGUGGCCAGUGUCACAGGUCAGACACCUGCGGCUGCACCAGCCAAAGCACCAGUUGGUGCUAAGGCUUCUACACCACCAGCUGCUGCUCCCACAAAGCCUAAAACUCCUGCUCCUGCUACUGCACCUGCCUCAGCUCCACCCACAGCUGUUUCUACUCCUCCAGCAGCUGCACCAGCCACUGCUCCUACUACCCCUGUUGUUACUCCACCUGUAUCAGCACCACCAGCUAAAACACCAGCUAGUUCUCCACCAGCUGCAGUGCCUGUGAGUUCACCACCACCAGCGGUUACACCGGUACAAUCUCCACCAGCACCAGCUCCGGUGGCAGCGACACCACCAGCUGCUUCUGCUCCACCUGCUCCAGUUCCAGUUUCAGCAUCUUCUCCAGCACCUUCUCCUGAUAUGAUGAGCCCACCUGCACCUCCUACUGAAGCUCCUGGACCUAGCAUGGAUUCCGACUCUCCCAGUCCAUCUCUCAACGAUGAGAGCGGAGCAGAGAAAUUGAAGAUGCUUGGAAGCUUGGUAGCUGGAUGGGCUGUGAUGAGCUGGUUCUUGUUCUAAGGAUCGUGGCUCUGUUUUUUUUUUCUUUUUCUGAAACAUAUUUUGUCCAGUAUUUUAUCAUUUUGAUGUUGACAUAUAAUUUAUCCUUUUGUUAGUUCUGGUGCUUUAUGGUCACGGGGUCCUCAUUUGGAUCCUUUUAGAGAUUUGGCCACAUUGGCUCCUUUUUUAUAUUCUUUCGUGGAGUGUAAGGGUAGAGAUUGUACUAUGUCUUCACUACUUUUACUCCUUUUGGACGCUCUUCUUUACCUCCCACUUUCUUCUAUUAUAUAAAUUUCAUUUGUUUAUUUGCCUA